AUGAAUUCCUCGGAAGCUCACUCAGACGUAAUUAUCAUUGGAGCUGGCUUGUCAGGUAUGCCUUUGUGCAGGCAUCCAACUGCAGUCAAAAUUAAAAAUGCAGCCUUCGAGAUCUUUGACAAAGGAAACGAGAUUGGCGGCACCUGGUCUGAGAACACAUACCCAAAUCUCAGCUGCGAUAUCCCUUCCCAGUUAUACUCCUAUUCCUUCGCCCCGAACCCCGAAUGGUCAAUGACAUACACAAGCCAACCCGAGAUUCUCGCCUACAUCAAACGCGUAGCUCACACUAUCCAGUCCCGAAUUCAUCUGAACCAAGAAUGCGUUUCAGCUCGGUGGCUAGAGGAUCAGGACCUCUGGAGGGUAGAAUUUCUUGAUCGCACCACCAACGACACGUUUGUGCGGCAUUCUCGCGUUUUGUUUACUGCUGCUGGGUUCCUGGACAUCCCAAAGGGCCCCAAAAGCAUAGCCAAUAUCCAAGAAUUUGGAGGAAGAAUAUUCCACAGCUCUCAUUGGGACCAUGAGGUCGACUUUGGAGGAAAGGAUGUUGUCGUCGUUGGGAACGGUGCUUCAGCAAACCAGUUAGUCCCGUGGCUACUCAAGAACACCGGUCUCAGGAGCCUGGUCCAAGUCGUACGAAGCGCACAAUGGAUUGCCCCUAAGGAUAAUCAACCUAUUCGUAAGGCACAGAAAUGGGUUUUGAGAAACAUCCCCUUCACCAAUCGACUCUAUCGCUGGUGGCUGGCUAUGAAGCUUGAUCUCGCCUUUGUCGCUUUCAAAGACAGUACCCUAGGUCGCCACGUCAGAUCGAUGCUGGAGGCGUCACUUGUCUCCUACAUGGAAAAGACCGCCCCGAGUCAAUACCAUUCCAUCCUCGUCCCCUCUUACGCAUUCGGCGCCAAGCGUGCCAUACUAGACCACGGUUAUCUCUCACUUGAUAAUCCCAAGGCGAAGUUGAUCAAAUCCCAGAACCUAACAGUCGUCGGCACGAACCAAAUUGCAGGCGAAAACGGCAUCGUGUAUCCUGCAGAUCUCAUCAUUCUAGCCAACGGAUUCAAGACAGCGCAGCUUCUCACCCCAAUGGCCAUCACCGGCCUGGACGGACUCAAUCUCCGGGAUCUAUGGGAGCGCGGAUCUGAUGGCGCGAGGGCGUAUAUGGGCGUAAUGGUGUCCGGGUUCCCGAACCUCUUUCUGCUUACAGGUCCGAAUACGCUGCCGUCAGGACAUUCAACCCUCCUCGGCAUCGAGAACUCUGUAACGUACAUUCUGCGCCUGCUUGAGCCUUUGCUUAGCUCAGAAGGGACGUCCAAGAAGCCGCAUUCGUCUACAAUUGAAGUGAAAAAAGAUGCAGAGGAUGCUUUCAACAGGUUUGUAGAGCGCAGGAUGAAGGGGUUAGUGUAUACAUCGAAUGUCAGCACUUGGUACAUUGAUCAGCGAACGGGGAGGAAUCAUCUUGUUUGGCCUGGAAGUCAGCUGGAGUUUUGGUGGUCGAGGUGCGUCGAGGUGAUCCGAUGGGCCGAUUUUGUGCUGUCAAAGAAGAAGACGACAUGAUGGUUAGUAUUAGUUUACGACGGACUCUGCUGAGCCUGCUUCUGGGUCCUGUGGCGUACUGAGAAAAUACAAUUUUUUUUGGGAUUCCCUUGGUCUGUGGACUUAAGAAAAACAAGUCACAUCCAACAGUUAAGCCACACAGGAGAAUGAACCUGCAACUUGAGAAGCGCAUUGAAGAGCAUCUGGGCGAGCGUGGC